AUGGCAACACUUUCGUCACCUACAUCAACUUAUUCGGGAAUUGUUACAGAUGUAUUAACACGUGUUCAUGAUAAAUAUCAUUAUAGAAAUGAUAUUACAUUUGCUAAAACAGCAUGUCAAGCAGCGAAAUUUAUUGAUGAAUAUUUAUCAAAUUGUGAACAACCAAAAAAUAAUGAAAGUUCAAUAUUUUUAUGUCAUAUAUAUCAUAUGUUUAUUGAACUUAUAUUUAAUACACUUGAAAUUGUUGAAAAUGAUCAUUAUACUACAAAUACACAUGAUCUUGAAAAAAUUCAUUAUAAUAUCUAUACAAAUACACAUUUCAAUAAACAUUGUGGUUCAGAAAAAGGUCCACAUGGUGAAACAUCAUUAUUUAUGAUAUCAUAUAUAGCUCAAAAAAUUAAAUUUGAUUAUAAUAUAACACUAGAAGAAUUUAAACGUCAUGCUCAUCAUGUUGAUGCAUAUAUCGAAAAGUUAAUGAUAUAUCUCAAAGAAAAACAUCUCAAUAAUGGUAAAUAUCUGACAAAUAUUUUCUUUAAUACCACUAGUAUUUAUUUAUCUAGAUUAACAACAUAA